GUUCAACAUUAAUUUAAUGGCAUCAAAAGUAAUGUGUUGUUUUAUUGAUCCGUUAUACGGGGUGUUUUGUCUAGUGUGAAGAAGCAACUUGAUGAUGAACGAUCUACAAUUGUCAAUCAAGUAAAGUCUUUGGAUAGCCGUUUCGAAGAAUUGGAUAAAAAUUUUGUUGGUGCGAUUAAUGCUGUGGAUAGCUUAGUUCGUGUACAUGAUGAAACAAAGUCAUGUGUAGCAGCUUCUGAAAGUGCUAAAAGAACUUGUUUAGAAAGUAGACUUGACAGUUUGGAAAGUAAAUUUGAUUAUGUGAUGCAUUGUGUUGAAAGUUUAGUUCGACUGCAUAGUGAAAACAAAUCUUGUAAAGCUUGUGCAUCUGGUAAAAGACAACCGAUUUGGGUUAUUCAGUGAAUGAUGAGGUGAAGUUAGAUGCACAUCUUGGAAAAGAUUUGCAGGAAUGUAUGGAGAAUAUGCUUUGUAAAGCAAGGUCUACAAAAAAUGAGACCUCUCCCAUGCUCGAUAUGCUCUGUGAUGUUGUUGUUUCUUUAUCAAUUCAACUGUCUGAUAAAACUCAAACUCUUUCUCAGUUUGAAAAGGAAUUUGUGAAAGAAAAUGAAGACCGCGCAAAAAAGGAAUCACUUAAAGAAAUUGUUGCAAUUAAUGAUGCUUUUCAAUGCGGAGAUUAUGUGUUUUCUUCUAAUGAAGCAUCACAAAAUGUAAAUGAAGUAGCAGCUGCUGUUGAAGAUAGUAGAAAACGUCCGAGAUGCGAAGAUGGAAACAAAGAAGAUGAUGGUUAUCCUAAUUGGUAUUUGCUUACACCAAGCAGUACUCCAGUUGAGAAACGGUUGAGUUCUGUUGUUGAAGAUAUAUACUGUACUGCAGAAGAGUUAGGAAAGUGAAUUGAUUUUUUUGUUGUUAUUUACGGCAAGUGUUAUGUUAUUAUGUUUCCCCCUUUUUCGAAUGAUGUAUAUGUAAAUUGGUUUUUCAUUUCUGUACAUAUAAUGAAGUUUCACUUUUUCAAA